AUAUUUAGUCUUGAAACUGACCUAGAACCAAGAGCAGGGGACUGGAAAUAUAUACAUAAUAUUGAUAGUUAUACAAGAUGAUUUUCAAAGUGUUACUGAGUUGUGUCCUGGUUGGGUUAGUGAGGGGAGAAGAGAGUAGCGAAGUGACCGGCAGAUCGGAGAGUUCUCUGCUCUCCUAUUGGCUCAAUCCGUUCGCAGUUUCCAAGUUCACGUGUGUAGGUGUCACCCUGUUUGAGAACACUGCUAACUCUGCCCUGUACACCUAUGAGCUUGAUGUUUGUUUCCUCGCUGCUCUGGCUGGAAAAAUUGCUUUCCCCUGGGUUUACUUCUAUCUCACCGGCAAAUCUUUGAUGACCGCUUUCGGAUUUGGUCGUCAACCUGCCAAGAGAAAGUUUGGUUAUGAGAAGGAACAGUUAAUUGAUUUCAAGAACCCCUACCAGGGAUACCAGGGGGCAGAAGCAAAAUCUGACGAUGAACUGAGUUUCCAGGAUCAAAUCUCAGAAGUUUUCUCCGAGAUGGGAUCCGCCUUCAAGAAGGUUAAGAACCCCAGAGGGUUACAGGAGGAGGAAGAGAACCUACAGGGUUCAAAACUUCGUCACAAAUAUUCAAGAUAAAACAACCAAUUCCAACCUCAACCUUGAAACCUAUAGUUGGUUAGAUAGAUAUAUACCUGAAAUAUUCUCUAGUCUUUUUGCAUUUAAAAAAAAUUCAGCUUUACUUAUGACAGCGAGAAUUUAAUAUCCUCUUACAAAAGUUUAAGACUGAUUUUUAACCUAAAGUUUUAUUAAAUAAUAAUAGGAAAAUGUUCCUUCUACAGUCUGUACCUUACAACUUUAUUCUCACAAUUGACAAUAAAAGCAUUAAAAUGCAAAGAUAAAAUUUAAAAAUGAUAGGUUUAUUAAUGGUCACAAAUCUUUCGAACGCUAACAAAACCCUUAAAAUAAUUUUACCACGUUAAAUAUUUGAAUAAUACAUGCAUAUUAUUUUGUUAAUGUUAGAUCUAGUACAUACGAUGUAUGCCAACCUUGUUAAAAAUAAAUGUU